CCGUCCAGCCAUCAAAACACAAACAGGAGUAGUACCACUCCGGCAAGCACCGAUCCUACAAGUCUAAGGAGGUUCUCAAUAGACCUCCAGUAUGGCCGGUGUCACCACCACCAAUGCGGUUGCCAUUGUCGCAGUCCUCUCCCUGCUAGUGCUGUCCGUCUGUUCUGCAGAAGACUACGACACCUCCCUCGCCAAAUCCUACAAGUCCGGCUGGCUCCCCGCCAAGGCCACCUGGUACGGCGCUCCUACCGGUGCCGGCCCCGAUGACAACGGUGGUGCUUGUGGCUUCAAGAACGUGAACAAGUACCCGUUCUCCGCCAUGAUUUCUUGCGGCAAUGAGCCGCUCUUCCAGGGUGGCGCCGGCUGCGGCAGCUGCUACCAGAUACGCUGCGUCAGAGCCAACAACCCUGCCUGCUCCGGCCAGCCUAGGACGGUCGUCAUCACCGACAUGAACUACUACCCCGUGGCCAGGUACCAUUUCGACCUCAGCGGCACGGCGUUCGGCGCCAUGGCUCUGGGAGGCCAGAACGACAAGCUCCGCCACGCCGGCAUCAUCGACAUGCAGUUCAGGAGGGUGCCCUGCAACUUCCCGGGCAUGAAGGUGACCUUCUUCAUCCUGCCAGGGGCUAACCCCAACUACUUCCCGGUGGUGCCGGCGUACGGGAACCGGGACGGGGCCGUGGUGAAGAUGGACGUCAUGCGGAGCAGGAACGGCCGCCCGACGGGGAGCUGGGAGGCGAUGUACCGUUCGUGGGGCACCGUCUUCCGGUUGGACACCAGGGAGCCGCUGCAGGGGCCAUUAUCCCUGCGCAUCACCAGCGACUCCGGCAUGACGCGCAUCGCCAACAAUAUCAUCCCCUAUGGCUGGAAGGGCGGCAGCAGCUACUGGUCCAACAUCCAGUUUUGAGUUACCUGCUUCUCGCAUCGAGUUAAUCGUUUCGGUAUCAUCUGAUCGAUUCCUAUUUACGAUGGAUCGACGGAUUUUAAGUUACUGCGUUGCCUACUGCCAGGCGUCUUUAUUUGUGCGUCUUCCAGAAUCCAGAUGUGUACGUGCUUGUGAGCGUGUGUGUGCGUGUGUAAAAGGAGCUAGCUAGGCAAGUGGAGUAGCAUCCAUGUGCUACCCCGGCUUAGUGAAUCCCGGCCUAAGGAGAGAAACAUGCUUCUUUUCUUGUUUUAUUGUAUUUUGAAAAUUAUAUGAUCUAUAUACUAUGGAUGCAAAUCAAAUGUUUGUAAA